GGUUAUUUGUUUACACACAUUUUCAACUCUGUACUGGGCGUAGGCCGUAGGCCGUAGGGCGAGCUCCCAGGUCGACGUGGCGGGGAUGGCUGCGACGGCCGGCGGUGGCGGUGGUGGAGGGGCUAAGGCGGCAGUGACCGAGCAGAUAGCACAAGCAGUGCGGUCCACCUCCAACCUCCUCCAGCUGAUGGAGCAGUCCUCCCCCGCUCAGGUGCUGCACCAGCUACCUCAAGUAAUAUCAUCCUUGGAUGCUUAUAUGGACAGGAGUUUGCAAAGUGCCUCUCAAAUUAAGACUGUUACACAGCUCUUGUCAAACAUGGAGAACACUCAGCUGAGGUACAUGUUGCCUUCCUCUCAAAAGAAGAAAGAUCAAAAGAGUACUGAACCUUAAGAAUUCAGAGUCGACUGAUGUGUUCACCGAGACAUAAUGGAAGGAUAUGUUCUUGCCGUUUUGUGCUAAAGAAAUUUGAGUUUUGUGGCUCUCAAGAGAUGGCUUGGCUUUAUCUGGUGUAAGGAUCCAUCGUUGUCUACUGUCUGUCCCACAUUUGCUGAGUUCGGUUGGGGGACGCUGUUAAUGGAAAUAUUCUUCUUUCUUCAAACCAUUUACGGGUGCCUAGGACCUGUAUCAUAAGGCAAGCAUGCCUGUUAGUUGUCACACAUUCUGGUCUAUGAACACGUUGCUUUCUUGUAAUUGCAUUGGUUGUUUUAGCAGUAAAUUAUGGUAGAAAUUAUGAAGUGAUCAAAGUGUUUAACGUGGCACUGAUCUUUGUACUUCAAUUGCAUGCAUACCCUAUGCAGUGAUGAGGCGGAGAUUUUUGGA